GAAAGAGAAAGAGCGCAAACAGCAAGAAACACACACACCUGGAGUCUGCUCACUUGUCUUCAAAAAACAACCCUAACCCCCAAAUCCAAUCAUCCCUUCCGCUCCUUUCCCUCUCACUCACUACAGUCAUUCCUGUCGCCUUCAAUUGCGACUUUCUCACCUCUCCACACUCUCUCUCUCUCUCUCCACAUAUUUCAAUUAUAUAUAUAUUAGGGUUUUUGGUCAAUUGCUGUUCUUUCUAAAUGAAUAACAUCACCAACACCACCAAUUCGAAGCAACCCCCACCGGACCCACUUCCACCAUCAGCACCCACUGCCGCUAAGGAAUCCGAGCUCGAACCGUCUUCUCCUGGAUCUGCUUCUUCCGAUAAAGCAGACGACGCCGCUGCUGGGGAGGAGGACGUGGUGAUGACGGACAAGGAUUCUGCUGCAGCUGCGGCUGCGAACUCGACUGAAGAUUCCAUGGAUGAGGAUUCCGGCACCCCAGCCACCGUUUUUCACAUCAAGCUUAAGCAACCCAAGUCGAAUUUGCUGCAUAAGAUGAGCGUUCCCGAGCUCUGCCGAACAUUUAGGUGUGUUUUCGAGAUUGAUUUUGGAAAAUUACCGUGGGGAGAUAGGAAGAUUGAGGUUGUUACUUUUCUCAGUCAGUGUUAGUUAGCCUUGUUGGGCUUUUGGGGAUUUUGCAAGCAUUUUUCGUCUGGAUGGACUGUGCUGUUGCUUGGUGUGGGAAGUUGAAUUGCAUUGCCUGUGCAUCAGAAACCUGUGCAAGAAUUCCGAGUUCAACUGCCAAUCCUCCAUUUUGGAUCCCUAUACAUAUAGUCAUACCAGAGCGACCUACUGAAUGUACAGUUUUUAAUGUCAUUGCAGAUUCGCCUCGGGACUCUGUUCAAUUCAUUGAGUGGUCGCCUACUUCAUGUCCCCGUGCACUGCUCAUAGCUAAUUUCCAUGGCCGGAUAACCAUUUGGACUCAGCCUUCCCAGGGACCUGCAAAUCUUGUAAAAGAAGCUAGUUGCUGGCAGCUGGAAUAUGAGUGGCGCCAGGAUAUUGCAGUUGUUACGAAGUGGCUCUCAGGAGCUUCUCCUUAUAGGAGGCUCUCAGCUAGAUCCAGUGGUUCCACAAAGUCUACAUUUGAGGAGAAAUUCCUUUCGCAGCAACCACAUGCUCCAGCUGGUUGGCCAAAUUUUCUUUGUGUUUGCUCUGUUUUCUCUUCGGGCUCUGUUCAGCUACAUUGGUCCCAAUGGCCACCCAAUCAGAGUGGUGCUCCUUCCAAGUGGUUUUGCACCAGUAAAGGGCUUUUGGGAGCUGGACCUAGUGGAAUCAUGGCUGCUGAUGCUAUUGUUACAGACUCUGGAGCAUUGCAUGUGGCUGGUGUUCCCAUAGUAAACCCGUCAACUGUUGUUGUAUGGGAAGUUACACCCGGCCCUGGAAAUGGUUUCCAAGUCAUCCCAAAAACAAGCGUGAACAAUGAAGUCCCCCCCUCACUUAAUCCUCCUUCUUGGGAUGGUUUUGCACCACUGGCUGCAUAUCUGUUUAGCUGGCAGGAAUAUUUGUUAUUAGAAGCAAAACAAGGCGUGAAAAAGACAGAACAGGAUUACAGUGAUAUGGUAAUACUUCAUUGUUCUCCCGUUUCCAACUUCUCAGCAUAUGUAAGUCCUGAGGCUGCUGCUCAAUCGGCAGCUACAACAACUUGGGGUUCUGGUGUCACUGCUGUUGCCUUUGAUCCAACACGUGGUGGUUCCGUAAUCUCUGUUGUGAUAGUUGAAGGACAGUACAUGUCCCCCUACGACCCUGAUGAAGGUCCUUCAGUCACUGGCUGGAGAGUUCAACGUUGGGAAUCAUCUGUUGAGAAUGUUGUGAUCCAUCAGAUAUUUGGGAAUCCUAGCUCCAAUUUUGGUGGCCAGGCACCUAAGCAAACAGUUUGGGUGAGUAAAGUGAAUAAAUGCAUUCCAGCACCUAGUGAAUUUAAAUGUCCCGGAGGAGUGGCCAUACCACCAAUCCGUGGUGGAACUCUUGAAUCUGGUGUUGAGAAAAGAGUCAGUUUUGAUCCUUUUGAUCUGCCUAGUGAUAUAAGAACACUUGCUCGGAUAGUGUACUCUGCUCAUGGCGGUGAGAUUGCUGUUUCUUUUCUUCAAGGUGGGGUUCAUGUUUUCUCUGGUGCAAACUUCGCAGUUGUUGAUAGCUACCAGAUUAAUGUUGGCUCUGCCAUUGCUGCUCCUGCAUUCUCUUCUACCAGUUGCUGUUCAGCAUCUGUUUGGCAUGAUGGUAGCAAGGAUUGUACUAUAUUGAAAAUUAUACGGGUCCUUCCUCCUGUUCCUAGUAGUCAAGCAAAAGCAAACUCUGCAAUGUGGGAGCGAGCUAUUGCUGAGAGGUUUUGGUGGAGUCUUUUGGUCGGAGUUGAUUGGUGGGAUGCAGUUGGCUGUACACAAAGUGCUGCAGAGGAUGGCAUUGUAUCGCUGAACAGUGUCAUUGCUGUACUGGAUGCUGAUUUCCACUCCCUUCCUUCAACUCAACACAGGCAGCAGUAUGGACCUAGUUUGGACAGAAUAAAGUGUAGGCUGCUUGAAGGUACGAGUGCUCAAGAGGUUAGAGCCAUGGUCCUUGACAUGCAAGCAAGGUUGUUGCUGGACAUGCUCGGUAAAGGAAUUGAAUCAGCUUUAAUAAAUCCUUCAGCUUUAGUGCAAGAACCUUGGCAAGCAUCUGGUGAGACAUUAUCUAGUAUUGAUGCUGACGCAAUGGCUGUUGAUCCAGCACUUGUUCUCAGUAUUCAGGCUUAUGUUGAUGCGGUCCUUGAUCUGGCUUCACACUUCAUUACACGUUUGCGACGUUACGCAAGCUUCUGUCGUACACUGGCAAGUCAUGCUGCUACCUCAGGUACAGGAGGAAGUCGUAAUUUGGUGACAAGCCCUACCCAAAGUACUUCUGCUCCUGCAACAACUCAGGCUCCACAAGGUGGAACCACAAGCUCCACAGGUAGUACUCAGAUGCAAGCCUGGGUACAAGGCGCUAUUGCAAAGAUCAGUAGUACGAAUGAUACUGUUCCAAGCGCAGCUCCAAACCCCAUAACUGGCCCUUCAACCUUUAUGCCGAUAAGUAUCAAUACGGGAACAUUUCCAGGAACUCCAGCUGUCAGGCUCAUUGGAGACUGCCAUUUCCUUCACCGAUUAUGCCAACUUCUGCUAUUUUGUUUUUUCUUUCGACGAACACAACUUCCCCGCUUUAUUGGAGCUGCGCAAAGAAAUAACGAUUCAUCGGUCCAAAAGCCUCAGAUUGGUAUGUUGAGCAAAUCAGAAGAAACCAACUCAAUAACUGCAAAACCUGCAUCAGCUGCUAUCAGAUCGGAAGAAACACAGCCAAGAACUGGACAGGUAGGAAAUGGUGCGAAGGCACCUGAAGAAGGUCCGACUAGCCGGUCAAGAUUAGGUUCCGGUAAUGCUGGUCAAGGAUAUACAUUUGAGGAGGUAAAAGUCCUUUUUCUUAUUCUUAUGGAUCUCUGUCGAAGGACAUCAGGGUUGCAACAUCAACUGCCUCUUUCACAGGUUGGGAGCAGCAACAUCCAGGUCCGCCUUCACUACAUUGAUGGAAACUAUACAGUUUUACCAGAGGUUGUUGAAGCAUCACUUGGCCCUCAUAUGCAGAAUAUGCCCCGGCCUAGAGGUGCAGAUGCUGCAGGUCUUCUUCUUCGUGAGUUGGAACUCCAUCCUCCGGCUGAAGAAUGGCACAAGAGGAAUAUGUUUGGAGGACCCUGGUCAGACCGAGUUGGUACGAGUCUAUCAGAUGAGGGUACUAAAUAUAAGAGCUCAGUGAAUUUGGCUGACCCAAGUUCAUCUGAUAAUGUUGAUGCUUACAAUGGAACUCACACCCUGUGGCCAAGAAAGCGUAGGAUGUCCGAACGAGAUGCAGCUUUUGGAUUGAAUACCUCCGUGGGCCUGGGCGCCUACUACGGUAUCAUGGGAUCCCGAAGAGAUGUUGUAACAGCCGUCUGGAAAACAGGGCUUGAAGGAACUUGGUACAAGUGCAUAAGAUGCUUGCGGCAAACGUGUGCUUUUGCUUCACCUGGUUCUGCUACUCCCUCCAAUCAGAACGAGAAAGAAACAUGGUGGAUCAGCCGCUGGUCGUAUGGGUGCCCAAUGUGCGGCGGAACAUGGGUUCGGGUUGUGUAGAUUAACACCUACCCCUCUGCUCCAUUUCUGUAUAUAACACAACCGUAUAAUAGGAAACAUACCGCAUUCACCACAAUAUCAACUCUCUGUUAGAAUAGUUUGUGAGUGUAUAAAUUACAAAACAAUCUGUUUUCAGAUCGAAUUUUGAAACUCAAUUCAGCAUUAGUUUGAAGUUUA